ACAACUGACAUAGAGCUACAUGACAUACAGAUAAAGAAAGAGAAAGACUCCAAAACAGGAAGUUAAAGGACCCAGAUGAAUGACCAAAUCACUUUCUUGAGUUCGAAAUUGCACUUUAGCAUCUCGUUUUUGUCUUGAUUUAUUUUGCUAGCCUGUAGAAUCAUUCUCAAUCAAAGGCAAAGAAAGGGGCCACAAACGUGGAGGGUCAUCUGUAGAAGUACGGGAUAGACGAGUGAAGGACGACUGACUACCAUGCGAGAGGAACAGUCUUGUGGCGACUUUCCUGAGGGCGGAGUCCUACCCAGUGAAGAGGAGCAAAAACGUCGCCCCAACAAGUGUCCCGUCGUUGUUGCACCACCAACGGGUGCUCGAAAGCGGGUAACAGGUCCCAAAAAGGAGCCUGGAGGACCACUACCAUAUGAGGACAAAUCUUCUCCUGAGGGCCCAUCUACACUCACUCCCUCUGGCCCCAAGCGACCCAAGAAAAGCUCUCCAUCUUCUUCAUCAACGACUUCCUCCUCCUUAGUGCCCACUGCAAGUGCAGUGUCACCUUUGCCUGGUCAACCUUUCGAAGACCUGCAUACGCAACGAGUAAUUGCAAACGUCCGAGAACGCCAGCGCACACAGUCCCUAAACGACGCCUUUGCCUCGCUGCGGAAAAUCAUUCCCACAUUGCCCUCGGACAAACUAAGCAAGAUCCAGAUCCUCAAACUGGCUUCACGAUACAUCGACUUCCUUUACCAAGUGCUUCAAAGCGAUGAGAUGGACGCCAAGCUGGCCAGCUGUAACUACUUGGCCCAUGAGAGGCUGAGCUACGCCUUCUCCGUAUGGAGGAUGGAAGGUGCAUGGUCCAUGUCCGCAACCCACUAGACAUCUAAAGUUCCUAACCCUAGACCUACCAACCCUCCAACCAGCCUCUGAACUCUGAACCUGCAUUUUUACAGAGAGAAACUGACUCUGAUCAUUAAGUCUAACGCUGCCUGUCCACUAGCCACGGCCUCAUUUCACCAGCCAUUUGACCCUUGCUGCCACAACCUGAUUAAAGCUGACCUCUGAUCUCCAAACACUGAUCUUUUCUCUUUUUCUCAGCACAAGCUUCUACAGUAUCCCCACUAUCCCAGAGGACAUCACGCUUUAACUACGAGCCAAACAUCUUCUCCUUCCCCUAAUGGAACAAUAAAACAAAAUGCAAAAAAGACAAAAAAAAUCACCCUCUAGAGGACCAGACAUCAGCGGUUGGUCUGGUGACCAAAACAACAAAUCUAGACUAAGACAAUUCCAAAUCACUCUGAAUCAGACUCUGGAAAUCACUCUGAUUCAGUGGCAGAGUGCUGAUUUGAGAUCAGUCUUCACUGUCUUUAAAGGACUUAUGAUACGGACUCACAAAGACAGACACUUGCAGUCUAUCAGACUGUUAUGAUGUUAUGAGGACUCUGCAUUUAGAGGUUCACCUAUAGCUAAACCUGAGCUUGAUGAAUAAAUGCUACUCUAUUCAACUAUAUUUCUGUUAUAAAGGGUUGACCGUUACAGAGUUGUUUCUCUUGCCAUUUAUGCUGUAUAUGUGCUGACAUUACUGCUUCUGUGACUGCAACAAUUUCAUCAAGGCAUGCAUCACAUUUGUUGAAAUAUUGACCCAUUUCUAAAGAAUAAAGCUGUAAGAAAUAUUAUAAAAUAUGAUGACCCUUGCAAAAGGUUAAUUGAACACUUCCAAAGGGUAGUUGACACACUUUUUUGCAAGUGUGGCAUGCUACAGUAUACUCUGUGUAAAAUAAUUUUAAAUAGCAUUUGGCUAAUUAUUUUAUAACUACUGAUUAAGAGACUAUAUGUAAUAUUUGUACUUUAAAAAAAAAAUCAUUUGUCACACUGCAUGACAAUUUAAAUGAACCAGUGAAGGCAAAAAGGUGAUUAAAAAUGGGGAAAAAUGUAAAAGUUGAUUCGUUACUGGAUAUACAAGUAUGAUGUAUAAGAUAUACAAUUUCCAAUAUACAUUUAUAUAAUUUUUUUACUAAAAUCUUGAUGUUGAAAUGUUACAUGUCAAGUACAGAUAAGCAUUUAUGGAUGCAUCAGGUUAGUUGGAGUUUUCUGACAGCAUGGUCAAAAAAGCUACAAUUAUUUUGAAGAAUAAUUAAACACAAUCUCAAUUUCAGGGGAAAUAUAAUAACUCAAAAAGUUUUUAUGAUAGAUCAGGCUGUUCACAAGGUGUUCAUAUUCUUCUGUAAGCACAGUUUAUAAGAUUGUAUGAGGAUCCAGAUACCACUAAUUACUUCAUUAAAAUAACAUGUUUUGGAGCACAACUUUGGCUGCACAUAAACUUGAUUUCUUUGCCUUUAUCCUCAUAGAGUCUUCAGUAAAUUUAUGUGUGUCUGGUUGGCAAGAAAUAAGAAAGACUGCCUCACCACAGAAGUGCCUUGUUCAGUAAGUGCAAUAAGGCAAUUAGAAGAUGAAGCUAAGUGGGCCAAAUUCAAACAUGCUGCCAUAGUGUCCCAAACUAAAGCAGUAGCCUUUGACUGUGGGAUCUUUUUAAAAAAGAAACUUUCAAAGUCUUUCAGUUGGUUUAAUUUUUUUUUUAAUUUUUUUUUUUUUUUUUUAUGACAUUAGUGGAUUCUACCAAGUUACAACAAUUUUAAUGCAGUAAUUAUGGUAUUUUGGUGGAAACUGUGCUUCCCAUAGUAUUUUUUAAUUUUAGUUUUUGUAAUUUUUUUAUGUCUAUUUCUUUUUUCAUGGCAGUGGUGGCUAAUACCAAAUUACCAUAGUUUUACAAUGGUAACCAUAACUGUAUAAAUAUAGUUUGCAUAAUUAUGACUAUGGUAUUUUGGUGGAAACUGUGGUUACCUUGGUGCAUUUUUGAAAUGGCAAUGACAUGUUAAAAAAAUUAAAAGCAAAUGCUGUAGACUUGUCUGAUUUUUUUUGACAAAUCAUGGAAAACAAAUGGAUGAGUAUGUACUUA